AUGGAUUAUUCUAAAGACCUGAUUAAGUCAUUGAAUAAUGCAAAGAAAUAUAGUCAUUGGAUUGAAAAUCUAAACAAUCCAGAAAACAAACACACGUCAACUUCCACCCCUCCCCCCGUGAUUGAUCGAAUUUCUAAUCAAUCAUUUGAAAUUCCAUUAACCUUAUCACCGAUCCUCGAACAAAUUCACAAAUUAUAA